UAAAUGGAAUAGUGGCAUUGGCAUAAGCAAUCGAAUUUGAAUUUCGUUCUAAUGUAGUAAUUAAUAAUCAUAUAGGAUUGUUUUGAAUAGUUUUCGCAGAUGAAAUUUACUCUCGUAUUUAUCUUUCGUUUAAUGGGGAGUGUUACAUCUCAUUGACAUUUGAAAUGGUCACCGAAGCCGAGAAAAUCUCGUAGAUAACAAAGAUAUCAACACAAAUUAACGCUAUUAAAUUAAAUGAUUGUUGAAAGAAGUGAAGUUGAAUUGACUGACGUUGGAUUAUAACCAAAUAAACAUUUAUCGAGAUAUCAAAUUCGAACAAAAUGGCAACAAUAUCACUACGAGUCAACAUCGUAGACGCAGACGUCACAAAAACCUUGCAAUUCGAUCCUUCCAUAACAGUACAAGAUGCCUGCGUAGUAAUCCGUGACAAAAUCCUGGAAGCUGGUCGAGGAGGAGCCAAAGACUACGGUUUAUUUUUAGCCGACGAAGAUACCAAAAAGGGUGUCUGGCUCGAACCAGGACGUAAUCUAGAAUACUACAUUCUUCGUAACGGAGACCUGGUCGAAUACCGUAGAAAAAUCCGCACUUUGAAAGUUCAAAUGCUGGAUGGUUCAGUGAAAACAAUGAUGAUCGACGACAGCCAACCGGUGGCUAAUUUAAUGGUGGUAAUUUGCACCAAAUUGGGUAUCACAAACCACGACGAAUACGGUUUGAUUAGAGAAACCGUAGAAGAAGAGGUAGAUAAUAGUAAAAUGUCGUUAUACGGUACGUUGACUCUGAGACGUAAACGAGGCGAAGACAAAGAUCGAGAUUUUAAAAUGGAACAGCUUCGUAAAAAGCUGAAAACCGACGACGAGUUGAAUUGGAUCGAUGUAUCUAAAACUUUACGAGAACAAGGUAUCAACGAAGGCGAACCUGUACUUCUACGUAGGAAAUUCUUCUUCUCGGAUGGCAACAUCGAUUCUCACGAUCCGGUACAGUUGAAUUUACUGUACGUUCAAGCUCGAGAUGCUAUCUUAGACGGUACUCAUCCUGUAACCGAAGAACUAGCUUGUCAAUUGGCUGGUAUUCAGGUACAUAUACAAUUCGGUAAUCAUAACGAGGCGAAACAUAAAGCCCCCUUUUUAGACGACUUGAAAGAAUUCCUUCCGCAGUCUUACAUCAAAGUGAGAAACAUCGAGAAGAAAAUUCUCCUCGAACACAAGAAGCAUUUCGAUUUGAGCGAACUCGAUGCCAAAGUUCUAUACACGAAAACGUGCAGAUCGCUGCCAACUUUCGGUGUAACUUUUUUCUUGGUCAAGGAGAAAAUGAAGGGAAAAAAUAAACUAGUACCGAGGUUAUUGGGCGUCAAUAAAGAUUCGAUUCUACGUCUAGAUGAAAAAACUAAAGAAAUACUGCAAACUUGGCCUUUAACUACGGUUCGUCGCUGGGGCCCUUCGCCCAACACGUUCACAUUGGAUUUUGGGGACUAUUCGGAUCAGUACUAUUCGGUGCAGACCAAAGAAGCCGAACAAAUCGCUCAGAUUAUCUCGGGUUACAUCGAUAUAAUCUUGAAGAGGAAACGAGCCAAGGACCAUUUCGGUAUCGAGGGAGAUGAAGGAUCAACUAUGGUUGAAGAAACGGUGUCGCCUUCUAAGGCUAGCAUAUUUCAGCAAGAAAAAACCACCAAGACGAACAAAGUGAAUACCGAAUCUGUAGCUAAACCGGCCAUUAUGCGAGCUGGUGUCGAAGGAUCUAAGCCAUAUGGCACUGGGCAUGUGGGAUCUGCCCAAUAUACCACUAUUAGCGGUCAAAUAACUGUCGGACAUGCACCGGUUGUUACACAGCAAAGUCAAAUAGACGAGAUUCUAACCGCUCCCCAAAGAGCCCUUCUAUCCAAGAUCAGUUCUAGUCACGAAACAAUCAAAAUUGUCGAAACAGAAUUACUAGAAGAAUACAUUAUUCACGAGGGAGAGCCCUUGCAAUGGACAGAAACCACACUCAAGGAUAACAAGCAAAAAAUCAGCUCUAAAAUCGCCGCCAUGAACGCAGCCACGGCUCAAAUAAUCUCAAUGGCGUCCGGAGAAGAUGUAAAUUACGUAGGAGUAGAAAAAGCCAUAAACUCGAUUACCACAAACUUACCACAAGUCAGCCAAGGGGUUCGAAUGAUGGCUGCAUUACGUCCUGAUGGUCAGCACCUUCUGGAUGCCACCAGAACCUUAUGCACAGCUUUCACUAACUUGCUGAAUACGGUGCAACCGACUUCGACUACGACUACCAUUAAUAGACAGAGCCUUCUGACCGCUGCUACUCGGGUGGGUGAUGCUUCCAGAAGGAUGAUCACCGAAAUCAACGAACAAAGAGACGAAGCCAAAGAAGUACUGCUCGGGUUAGCCGAAUCUGUUGCCACUAGUACCGCUAUACUUGUCAUCAAGGCAAAAAGUGUCGCUUCCAGUGUCGACCGGGAACAACAACAAGCCAUAAUAAAUGCUACCACCAGAUGUGCUUUAGCUACAUCUCAACUGGUCGCUUGCACCAAAGUCGUCGCAUCGACGGUGGAGAAUACCAGUUGUCGCGAACAGCUCAUUUUGGCUGCUAAAGAAGUCAUGAAUUCGAUGGAAGAACUGGUUUCUGUCAGUAGCUAUUCCGUUAAUGAAGAAAACAACGGAGUGUUAAGGGAGUUGGUUGGAGCUGUGGCCGAAGUCACCACCACGUUGAACCGUCUCAUAACACAAGUGAAAACCUUCAAAAGCACCGCCCAUCAUUCAAUCAAGGAAGAAACCAUCUCUGUGACUGAAACAUUCCCAGAACCAGCCAAACUGAACGGAGUACAUUUCGAUCAACAAUACAGCACAAGCCCUCCAGUCAAGUAUUAUACAGCUACCGUGACCACUCAAGUUUCACCACCUGUUGUUCCUGGCAGAGGUAUACAAGCUUGCAAUAACGCCGCCAGCGCAGUCAGUGGUAUUGUUGGAGAUCUCGAUACCAUUAUAAUGUUUGCUAGUGCCGGUGCUCUUCAUGCCGAAACAGAAAACGAGACUUUCUCCGAUCACAGAGAAAAUAUUCUGAAAACUGCUAAAGCUUUGGUAGAGGGUACCAAAACACUCGUUUCUAGCGCUGCCUCAACUCAGGAACAAUUGGCUAUUGCUGCUCAGAGCGCUGUUUCUACCAUUACUCAACUUGCCGAAGUUGUCAAAUAUGGAGCUGCUUCUUUGGGAUCAGAAAACCCAGAAUCUCAGGUUAUGCUUUUGAACGCGGUUAAAGAUGUUGCCGAAGCUUUAGGCGAUCUGAUACAGGCCACCAAAGGUGCUUCUGGAAAAAGCAUCAGCGACCCGUCAAUGUCUUACCUGAAAGAAUCAGCCCGAAUAAUGGUAUCAAACUUAACCUCGUUAUUGAAAACGGUCAAAGUAGUCGAAGACGAACAUCUUCGAGGCACCAGGGCACUAGAAUCAACCAUCGAAGCAGUCGCUCAAGAAAUUCGCGCUCUAUCUUCGCCCAGUGUUUCAAACAUAGAAGCAACUCCGGAAGAACUAGUCCGGUCUACAAAAGCCAUCACGCUAGCUACAGCCAAAGCUGUAGCAGCUGGAAACAGCGGUAAACAAGAAGAUUUCAUCAUCGCUGCAAACAUGGGUCGCAAAGCCAUCUCCGAUAUGCUAACCAUCUGUAAAAGUCUAUCAAACAAUACCGAAGACGAAGCUCUGAAAGAAAAAAUUAUUCGAGUCGGGAAAGACACCGCUACCGAAUACCGCCAACUUCUGCAAGUCAUCUUGAAAGCUUCGUUACGUUCCGGACAAACUGUAACCGACCCUAAACAAACACUAGCCCAAAUAUCUCGCCAUAUAGCCCAAUACGUCACCGAACUGGUCUCCGUUGCUGAAAUAGUCAAAGGUAAAGACUGGGCUAGCGCCGAUGACCCUACAAUGAUAGCUGAAAACGAACUUCUCGGAGCCGCAGCUUCGAUCGACGCAGCCGCUCGUAAAUUGGCCAGUUUGAAGCCCCGUAAAAGCGAAUUCGAAACGAACGAGUCGUUGAACUUCAACGAAAUGAUCUUAGAAGCUGCUAAAUCAAUCGCUGCAGCAACCUCAGCUCUUAUCAAAGCAGCUUCGGCCGCUCAACGUGAAUUAGUCGAUACCGGUAAAGUGAGCAGAACACCUUUGACCACCUCAGACGAUGGCCAGUGGUCCGAAGGUCUCAUAUCAGCCGCCAGAUUGGUAGCUGCUGCCACCCACAGUCUGGUCGAAUCGGCUAAUUCUCUAGUUGAAGGAGUAGGUAGCGAAGAGAAACUCAUUUCAGCGGCUAGACAAGUCGCCUCAUCCACAGCCCAGCUUCUGGUCGCGUGUAAAGUAAAAGCAGAUCCGAGUAGCGAUAAUACUCGACGACUUCAAGCUGCCAGCAACGCAGUCAAACGAGCCACCGAUAAUUUAGUGCGCGCUGCUCAGCAGUCCAUUCAUCACGACGAAGAACGUAGUUUAAUAUUGAAUAAAAAAAUGGUCGGUGGAAUUGCCCAAGAAAUCGAUGCCAGAUCUGAAAUACUAAGAAUUGAAAGAGAACUAGAAGAAGCUAGGGGCAGAUUGACCGCCAUUAGACAAGCCAAAAAUAAGCUCAGAGGUGAUGGUAGUGUUCACGAGAACGAAUCAGAUUCUUUCGACUCGUUUUCUAAUUAAUCGUUGAUUAUAAAAAAAUCGCAUUAACUCUUAAUACCUAUUUUUCUACUCUGAUUUUCUAAGUCUUUAUUUUUAUAGAUUUUCAACAAAACAAAAAUACUAAUCAGUUGGUAUUUUAUCGAGUUGCCAUAACCGUAUUAUGUCAUCAUUAUUAUAAAGCUUUAACUUUAUACUUGUAUUGUAUACGUUUGCGAUCAAAAUUAAUUACCCAUGAUUUUUUUUUUAUUUUAUAUUCGUAAGCUUUAUACACACGUUGGACGUCUUUUUUUUUAUUUAGACCUACCUAUAUUAUAAUUUUCUUUUCUUUUUUUACCAUUAUGGUGCCAUUUCAAGAUGUUUUCAUUGAUAAUCUUUCUAUUAGUUACCCCAAGAUCGACAUUAUAGGUAUGUCAGUUUUUUAUACCUACACUAAUUUUGGAUGUUGAAAUGGAUAUUUUGGUAAUACCUGAUUUUUUUAAUGUUAUUGUUAUUCAACUGUUCAAUUGAAACGAUUUAUUAUAGGAAAUAGAAGUGACAGAUUUCCCUUUAUAAUGUUACGACGAGCUUCUCAUUUGUGAUAUUUUUAGCAGAAAUUUAACGUGAUACAUACCAUAAUGUUAUGUUGUAAUAUUUAUGUCGUUUUAAUUAGCCUUGACCUUAUACGAGUAUAUUGAGAGUGGGGACAUGGAAUUCUCAGUUGAUUGCAAUGUUCAUCUCCAAUUAUUGACAAUUGUGUUGAUUUAUUUUUCUCCUUUCCAGUUUAAUGUGUUCAUUAACAAAUACCUACCUUAUUAUUUCCAUGACCGAGUACUCAAAAAUGAAUACAUAAUGCAAAGCAGUAUUAUUAUUGGGACCACAUUCACCGAACUUCUUUGGAGUAAGAAGGGUUUGUCAUUCCUUUAUUCGUACAUCCAUUUCCUUGUAAUGUUUUAACGCAAGAUUUUAUUUACAAAAUACUUCUCUAUGUUUUUAUUUUUUACUUUUUUAGCGUAGUAUUUUGAAUAAAAUGUUUUAACCCUAAA